AUGAUGAAUCUGCUGGUGCACGCUGGACUAGUGCUUUCUGUGAGCUUGCAAGCAGUUUUAUGCAGCCAAUUUGAUUUGGAAAGUUACGUUAAAUUGCCGAGAAUAUAUGAGUACGAUGAUUUCGAAACGUGCCGCUUGCGAUACACAAGUUUUGUUUACUGUGUCAGUGUUAGCACACUUACACCUAAUGCAACCAGCGAGCUGUGGAAUAAUAUGACCCGUGACUGGUCUGAUAGGAGGAAUUUUCCUCACGAUCAACUUGAGAGAGGAUUAUGCUUGAAUGAUUAUCACAUUGAAGCUAAGCACCCUGAUGACGCGUCGUUUAAUGUUGCUAAUUAUUUAUCCAAACAAAUCUACGAUCGAUAUGGGCUUUCCAGUCGCACAACCGUAAGCACAUGCUGGACAAGGCAAAGUUUUUCGCGACAGAGAACUGUUGCUGAAAAUAUGUUCAUAUGCAUGGCUUUGGUAUUGCUGACGAUGAUUUUGUUUACUACAUGGAUGGAUUUCAGCACUGGCUCAAAGACGCUGUUUGUGAAAGCAUUUUCGCUUCGUAAAACUGUCGGCGAUCUUACAAAACCAGCGAACUGCAACGCAAUGCCCUUUUUGGAAGGGCUUCGAGUGCUCGGGACGAUGACUAUAUUGAUCGUUCAUUCACAGCUGCCCAUGAUCCGAAUGCCCAUAAAAAAUACGGAAUAUUUAGAAGCGCAAGUAAAUCACGUUAUCUUUCCGCUAUUCAAUUCUGGCAACACCCACAUGAUACAGUUUUUCUUUACUUUGGGUGGAAUGGUAUUUGGUCUUAGUUGUUUCAACCAUUUUGAACGAACUCCUACAUUUGAUGUCAUGUAUUUUGCGGAAAAACUGAUACGAAGGCUAGUCAGAUUGAUUCCAGCAUAUUUCUUCAUCAUCUUUUACCAAGCAACGUGGUAUAAACGAGUUAAGCAAGGCCCUCUGGAGCACAAAUUUUACGAUUACUGUUCGGAAAACUGGUGGACCAACGUGCUGUUUGUGAACAAUUACGUUCUACCAACAAAACCGUGUCUACAGUUUGGGUGGUAUUUGGGAGCGGAUUUUCAUCUGUUUUUGGUUGGAUCCUUGUUGUUAAUGCUGGUAUGGAAAUACCCGCGUUUGCAGCAAACGUUGGUCUCUGGUAUGGUCGCUGCCGCUGUUUUUAUUCCUGGAUACGUUAUUUAUGUUCAGUCAAUUGGAGCAACUAUGUCUUUUGACAUGCGGCACGCACUUGCAGAGCUUCGGACAUAUGACCAUUUUAUCAAGUACUAUCUACCGUCGCACACCAAUAUAAGUGGAUAUUUCUUCGGCAUAAUUGCGGCUAUGUGCUACAAACGCGUUAUCGCUGUUGGAUCUCAAGAUCGCAUUGUAACGGUGCUUCGGAGGGGUUUGCGCCUAUCACUGAUUGUACUUAUUAGUCUAAAUUUGUUCACCAUUGCGCUGCCAACAAUACGAAUCGAUAAAAAUUUCUCUAUAUUUCACGCGAUCUACGGCAGCCUAUUAAAAGCUUCGUGGGGAUUUAGCUACGGUGUACUAUUUCUGUUCCUGGCGUUGAAAAGUAAAUCACAAAUCGUUGACUUGUUAGUACACCCUGUGAUGCAAUUUUUCGCCAAAAUAAGCUACUGCAUCUAUUUAGUACAGUACUCAAUAAUUUAUGGAGUGUACACUAACUUUCCGAUACCUCUAGUAUAUGGUAGCUUCAACUUGAUUUUUUUGACAUCAAGUAUAUUUUUGCUAACGAUCAUAAGUGCAAUAUUACUUCAUGUAGCUGUAGAAGCUCCCAUUGCCCAUAUUGCCAAUGCGUACAUUACCAUGAAAUUUCGGCAGGAAAAGCAAAAUGAUGUUGCACUUCAAAAUCGAUCCAAACAGAGUUAAGCUGAUGGCGCUAUAGAGUGUUGUAUAGCGUUCCAUUCGAUAACUGUAUAGU